AUGGUCACCCAAGCCGAAAGGAGCGACUCAAACGAUACGGUAUCGAUCAGUCCCAGUCGACUAGAUUCUGUGCAUACCAGGCUUGGAGAGCUCGUUGAUGACGCCUACGGUCAUCCUGCGUACCAGACACCUAAGGUCAGCGAUCAGCUUGCGCGGGCCAACAAUAAACUCUAUGCUGCAUGCUCCAAUUCCGCACAGUUAACAAAACGUGACUCGAUGAAUCCCGUUGGUUGGAUGUACCGCGCAAAGAGGCGUAGAAACGUGGCGCAAGCUGAAUCUCUCAUGAAGGAUGCGAAGCACACCUUAAGCGUAACAAAACUCGCUGUGAGCGGGAUUGAAAGCACGCGCCGUGAUGUCGAGGUGGCGGCUCGUCGUAAUAGUAGAGACUCAUGA